UUUUUGUCAAAAUUUGAACUGACCUAAACUCAAACUGAUCAAAUUUAUUAAUUUAUUGAAUAUUAAUUUAUAGAUGUUGUAGUAUGCUAUUUUUAUUCUACAGCAAAAUAGAGACUUCAGUUUAGGCCCAUAAAUUACUUAUAGCCCCAUUUUAUUAAUUAUUUCUCACAAGUUUACUUUACAGUUUACACGUAUGACAUCAGGCUAUUUAAUUAUUAGACCAUGUCCUGAAAGUCAUACCUAAAAUCUUGCGCUUGUCUCCCCACAUUUAACUAAUUUCCGGUGUGGUCUAUGGGAUCGAUAUACAUUUUUAUGUUUGUAAUUGAGUUAUUAAUAGUGAAAACUUGCAAGAACAAAAUAUUAAAUCGACUAGAAACACUAUAUCAGGGAGAUGGGCAUCAUAAAUUUCAAUUUUGUACAUAGUAAAACACUUAAAAUUCAACUUUGGUUUUUUACAACAAUUUAGUUUUCUUUUAAUGUUCGGUGCUUGCAUGUAAGACACUUUCAGAGGAUAUAUUAGUGUUCACAUUUGGUCCAAGCAUGUGAUCGGAUUUUCACACUGCCCCAAAAGUCAUCAAAAAAGUCUAUGGGUUUGAAUUAUAAAUUCUUGCUCUUUAAACACUUUUGGGUUAAAAUUAAAAAAAAAAGAUUUAAACCUAUAUUACAAGCUGCGUCUCAAAAGUCUUUGCAUAGUGUCCGUGACACUGUCGGGCAACAGGUUCCGAACGGUUGAUAUUGACGUUAACCUAACGGUUGUCCUUUUGUGACGGUUGUCUUUUUAGUGAGAAUUAUUUAAUUAAAAACAGUCAAGUAUCAUAUUUAUUUUUGAUUAAUUUUUUUUUUUUGAUUAAUGUUUUAAAGUAUCAUAUUUAUUUAUCAUUCUAUGGCCCAAUUGAUUGAUCAACAUGUCGAUACGUUAAAUACAGUGUUUAUUUAAAUUUUAUAUAUCUCAAAUUAAAACAAACAAACAAACAAAAAGAUUUUAUAAUUGAAAGAAACAAAUAUGUAGGCUCCAUAUGAUAUUAAAAACUGAGUUUUAAAUGUACAAGUUCUUCAUUAUAUAUUUUGAGUUUUAAAUUCUCAAAUAUGUCAUUGUCGCUAAUAGUAAUAAUGGAGGGUCGUUGGGAAAAUUUAAAGGCUUUUAAAGACAAAUCAGUAAGAAGAUUUGAUUGUAUUAAAUUAUUUGACCCUCUAUAUAUAUAACAGGUGUUUUCACACUCAUGGCAAUCACCUAUUGUCAAAGAAAAAGAGAAACAAGUACGUUUGUUUAUUUCCUUGAGAUUUGUCAUUUUUUUUCUUGAUUUGGUAAUAAUGGGGAACUGCAUGGAGAGGUGGAUGCGAGGAGAAGGAGAAGAAGGAAAAAUAGUGGUAAGAGAAAAGGCAAAAAUAUCAUUCAAACUUGAUGGGGAUGAUGAUGAAGAUGGACGUCAAGGUGGAACGAAGGUGAAGAUAGUACUUACAAGACAUGAACUGGAUAUGUUUUUGCUCCAAAUGAAUAGGAAUCAUGAUGGAAACUUGAUGAUGACAAAGGAUGUUAUGGUAGAGCUAGAGAAGAGGAUCAUAAAACCAUCAUCAUCGUUAUCAUCAUCGAUGGCAUGGGAACCGUCUUUAGAGAGCAUCAUGGAGUGCCCUGAAGUCCAAGAGAUGGAUAGAUGAGGAUGCUAAAGAUAAAAUAUAUGAUGAGUUUAUGAUGAUCAUCGGAAUCUAUAUUGCAUUUUGUUUAAUCACGGUGACUAGAGAUUAUAAAAUUAACAUUUUUGUAUCAGUUUAUGUUGUUAGAUAGACUAGACUCGAGGUCGAUAUCGUACCAUAUAUACUAAGAAAUAAGAUCUUUAAUCUAUCAAGAAACAUACCAUUAAUGUGAUUGCUUUUAUUA